CUGUGGAGAGGGAGGCGAAAGGACUACAUGGAUGAAUAUAAAGCUCUAAUUCUGCACAAAACUGAUCCGGCUAACGUCUCUCGCGUCUGUUAUGAAACCAUGAAGUUACCUUAGUGGGUCUGUGUAUUUCUAUUUAUUUUUUUAUUUUAUUUUAGUCGGCGAACAGGAAAAGUGGAGCUCUGAAGUGCAGGCGCUCCUCCGAGUUUAGUCCACAGGACGCUGGAUUCACUGCUGCCGCCAGUUGCUCCGAGACAAAAAGAGAAGAGUUUAACAGAAAGAGGCGAGAGGAAGUUUGUGCAAAAUGCAGGGAGUUUCAGCUACUGACCUCCCUGCUUCCCCUCUGCAGUACCAGUGUGGAUCAGUGGACUACCUGUGUUCUCCACGGCUCAUCAAGAAAGGUCCGACCCCCAGACCAUGUCACGACAAGCCCCCCAUCAAACCGCGGCCUCAGCCCCCCACCUCACCCAGAUCUCCAACUGCACAGAAACCUCAAGUGCCCCCUAAACCUGCGCACCUGCUCGCCCUUGGGCAAGACAAGAAACCUAAGAGAAUCCCACCAGCACCCUCCAGGCCUCUGCCAGCACCCCCUCCUCCACCUAAGCCAAAGCCUACGCUAACCCCUUCUGUCCAGGGAGUACUGCCGCAGAGAGAGGCCCAGAAAGUUGGGCUGCUCAUUGAGAGGUUUGAAAAUUCAAGGGUCCCGAUCCUUGGGGUGCUCCCACGGUCACAGCUGCACCUGUGUCUGAGAAUGGACGCUGCGUCUGACAUCACUUCCUCCUGCAGCCAGGACACCACAGCAAAGGUUGCAGCAGACUCCUUCCCUGUGGAUAAAACUGCAUUUGGCACCUUUGAACGGACUGACGAAGGGUCUGAACUCUCACACCUGGCUUCCAUGCGCAUCGACGGCACCGAUGAUGCUGUGGCAGACAGCUGUCCAGAUAAUGACAUCACACAGAGCAAUGGCUGCCUCAACGACGUGGGGCGGGGUGAAGGUUCAUCCCACAAACUCCUGGACAAUCCGGACUCCUCGGAGCAGAACGGGAAGAUUCCCAACCGAGACAGUGGCAUUGACAGCCCGUCAUGUACCGUAGAAGGGGAGGCGUUUCCGAAUGAAGAUGCCAUUGAUGAGGAGGAUCAUUAUGACAGCGUCACUGAGACAGAGAGUGUAUCCUGCUGCGUUACACUGGACAACAAGCGAGACUCAACGCAGGAUGAGGACAGUGACUUGGAUGAGGGGAGCAGUGGGGAGAUACACUCUCUGACAGACACACAGAUUGGGUAUCUCACAGAUACACACUCAGAGGCGCAAAAAUGCUCAGAAGCUCAGAAACUCCUGAAUAUCGCCAAAGAGCUUCUCCAAACUGAAGAGGCCUACGUAAAAAGACUCAAUCUCCUCGAUCAGGUAUUUUGCACAAAACUCACAGAGGCUGGAAUCCCUCAGGACGUCAUUACAGGGAUCUUCUCCAACAUCUCCUCUAUCUACUGCUUUCAUGAUAAGUUCCUGCUCCCUGAGCUCAAGACACGGAUUACAGAUGAAUGGGAAAACAACCCACGCAUUGGAGACAUCCUCCAGAAACUGGCUCCAUUCAUGAAGAUGUAUGGAGAGUAUGUGAAGAACUUUGACAGAGCCAUGGACUUGGUCAACACCUGGACGCAGCGAUCUUCAGUAUUCAAGAGCGUCGUUCAGAAUAUACAGAAACAGGACGUGUGUGGGAAUCUGACGUUGCAGCACCACAUGUUAGAGCCCGUCCAAAGGAUUCCCCGCUAUGAGUUGUUGCUCAAAGACUACCUGAAGAAGUUGCCUGAUGAUGCUCUCGACAGAAAAGAUGCAGAAAAAGCACUGGAGCUCAUUUCUACUGCAGCUAACCACUCCAAUGCAGCAAUCAGGAAAAUGGAGAAGAUGCACAAACUGUUGGAGGUUUAUGAGAGGCUUGGAGGAGAAGAGGACAUAGUUAACCCAGCCAAUGAGCUCAUCAAAGAAGGACAUAUCAAGAAGAUGUCAGCCAAAAAUGGAACAGCACAAGACCGAUACCUCUACUUGUUCAACAAUAUGGUGCUAUACUGUGUGCCUAAACUCCGACUGAUGGGGCAGAAGUUCAGUGUCAGAGAGAGGAUUGACAUUGCUGGGAUGGAGGUGCAGGAGAAUGUGAAGCAGAACCUUCCGCACACGUUUGCCAUCAUCGGUAAAAAACGUUCACUGGAGCUGCAAGCCAGGACAGCUGAAGAGAAAGAAGACUGGAUUCAGGUGAUCCAGGCCACGAUUGAAAGACACAAGCAAAACAGCGAAACAUUCAAUAAAGCCUUCAACAGCUCCUUCUCCCGGGAAGAUGACCAUGUGCCCGAGUCACCGGGUUUCUGGUCCAACACAUCCAUGGACUCGGAUGGUGAAAGGCUACAUGAAAGGAAGAGUUCCAAGAAAAAGGAGAAAGAGAAGCAAACAUGUAAAGGCUGCAGUGAGAGUUUCAAUUUCACCAAGCGCAAACAUCACUGCAAGAGCUGCGGAGCGGCCAUCUGUGCAAAGUGUUCGAAGACCUUAGACAACAAAACGAGCCGAGUGUGCCCCGAAUGCUUCAGCACAGAGAGUCCCUGUGCUGGUGAACUGAGGAAAAAAGCUGCACCUGAGAGACAGAUUUCUUUAACAGCAGACAACUGCAUAGUCUGUGGCCACCUCCAAGUGCAGGAGAAAGGGAAGAGCUGGAUGAAAAUGUGGGUGGCUGUGACCAAGGCUGAGCCACUAGUGCUGUACUUACAAAGCAGUGGACAGGACUCAAAGGGGUCGCGAGCAAUACCUCUCCCUGGGUUUGAGGUGAGCACGGUACCUUCAACAGCUGCUGAGAAGACAGAGGUCAAACACGUGAUCCGACUUAGUCACACUCAGCAAACUUUGCUCUUAAGUGCCCAAGAUGCAGAACUUCAGGCCAAGUGGGUGGACUUCCUCUCCAAAGCUGCCCGUGGAGAAUCACCCACAGAGGCAACGACGAGCCUGAGUGAACACAGGAAGAGCCAGUAGUGGUCAUGUUAGAGCCACCGGACUCCCCGUCCUUCCUUCCUCCCUCUCCUGUGUAUAGAGCACACAUUACUUGAAUUCACUUUACCUUGGCACUUUUUUAUUUUGUUUCUUUUUCUUUUCCUUUGAAAAGACCACUGAGUCCUUUGUCACUUCAAACUCAUCUUUCUUACCACACAGCUACUUCUUUUUAUCCCUCCAUCCUUAUAUAUUUCCCAAACACACACACACAAAUAAGGACUAUGCUACCAACCCACCAAUGCCACUGGUUAUUAUAUUUUAUUUCUCAGUGUUUUCAAUAGCUGGAACAAAGCUUCGAAGAACCUUUAUUUGUAAUAUAGCUGAAAAAUUUUCUGUAUGAUUUCUUUUUUUUUUUUUUUUUUUUUACGAUGUAGUUCCUUGUAUAUUAUUCAAUGGUGUUGUGAAGCAUUAACUCAUAUAUGUCUGUCUUUCCAUUUGUGUGGAAGUGUGUGUGUGUGUGUGUGUAUGUGUGUGUCUUUGAGUAUGAGUCCCCUCUGGUGUUUAUUAAGUAUUGAAUGUUAGUGAAAGGACCCAUAUCACCUCUCUAUUGUGCUGAGCAAUGGUGGGUCACUGGGUAUUGUACAGUAUGUAUACUGUGUGGAUAUACAGUUUACUGCAUAGUGUGAAUUAAGGAAACAAAGAAAAAAAAUAGACAUUUUAAAUUAAAAGGCACAGAAAUGUGUACAUUUGUGGCUGGCCACCUGAUGCUCCCACUGUCUUACAGACCCUUUCCUCUUCCUCCCUCAUACAUUGGUAAAAUUCCCUUUUUGUCAUUAUCUUUGGACUCUGUGACCUCUAAUCUAAGCCUGAGUGACCACAUUUCCACCCUCUUAUCUUUGUGACUUGUCCAGAUGAAAGAAUAGUCACAGGGCUUCAGUUCUGACACUGUGUUGCAGGUUCAGUCUCUCAGUAUCUCCACUUGUACACGUACUAAAUAAAUCCUUUAUGUGUAGGUCUCUCUUUCUCAGCAUAGCAACCAUCUGCCUGCUUCUCUCCUUUUUGGUGAUGUGAUGGAAACCAAGUACUGUACUGUAAAACUGUUUAUUCUGCCUUGUCCCCCAUGCCCUGCUCCUAUCAGCACCAGCCUUUAAGCAAAAGUAGCAAAAAAAAAAUUGUGUCAUUGAAUCUCUUUGUGCAUGUAAACUCACUCAUAUUUAUGUACCUUGCUAUGAAAUCUUGCCCUUAUCCCUCUUUUUAAUGCUCCAGAAAUUUUCUUGUCGUACUGUAAGUGAGCAGAGUCAGCAGUCAGUGUUUUAAAACAUGAAUUGUGCACAGUGGAAAAGCAUUCGAGCAUAUCAUCAAUAAACAGACGUGGUUCGUUCAAUACCACACUGUCCAGUAAGA